AUGGCUCUUCCUGAUGCGGUUGAGGAUAAGUUCUUUUCAGCUUCAGGCCAUCGGAAAGUUAAGAAGUUUUACAACGCCAUGGAGGAUGAAGUGAGAACAGUGUUCUCAAAGAUGAACAGGAGUAGCAACUCCGAAGGUGCUAAAGCAGAGCAGAUCAUAUUCGAGUUCUUCGCCAAAACCCUCCACAUCAUCCUCGAAUCAAGGACUCCUUUCAUGUCUUCAAGAAACUUCAGUAGUAGCAGCGAGCAGAUAAUGAACUCACCUUCCUCAUCUUCUUCGUCUUCCUCCAGCGUCAGGCCUCGUGACAAAUGGUUCAACCUAGCUCUCAGGGAGUGUCCUGCAGCGUUAGAGAGCUUCGACAUCGGCCGCAGAAGCACGUUAGAGCCUCUGGUUGUCGAUGUGGUUCUUGUGGCGAGACCAUUUGAUCAGAUGAAUUCUCCAGGUGGGAGAGAGCUUAUCAGGAACUUCUCCGGGAAAGAGUAUCACUCUGAUCAAGAUGAUUGUGAGGGCAAGAACGAGCAGAUCAUUGAGAGAUGGGUUGUGCAGUAUGAUAAUAGGAAGGUUAGAGAAAGGAGGUCAAGUAGUAAUAAUAAUAAUAAUAAGUUGCAAGUGAUGUAUAAGAAAGCAACUUUGUUACUGAGAUCACUCUUUGUAAUGGUUAGGCUUUUACCUGCUUACAAGAUCUUCAGAGAACUCAACUCAUCUGGACAAAUCUUCAAGUUCGAGCUUGUCCCUAAGGUUCCAACCAUAAUUGAGCCAUUUACUCGUAGAGAAGAGGGAGAGAUGCACAAGUUCGCUUUCACGCCGGUUGAUACCAUCUGCGGUAGGCUUUGCAUGUCGGUGUUGUAUCGAUCUCUCUCGGAGUCGGAUGUCAGUUGCAGCCAACACUCAGCUCCUUUGUCUCCGACCUUUAUUACUGAUUACGUUGGAAGUCCUUUAGCUGAUCCUUUGAAAAGUUUCCCUUCUCUGCCUCUUUCUUAUGGCUCGCCGCCGUUGAUGUCGUUUGAGAGGCGUCAUAGCUGGAGUUUUGAUCGUUGCAAGGCCUCUUCUCCACCUCCUUCGGUUUCUUGCUCACCGUCGCCUACACGGUCUGAUCCACAAGCAAUUGCUUAUCCUUGUUCUCGUCGCCUUCCUCCUCAUCCUUGUGAUAUAACUACUGGUCGUAGGAAGGAAAGCUAGGAGUGUUUGCAAGAUUUUUCUCCUCCUUGUUCUCCUUCAGCACCUACCCAAGCCUUCCCAAGAAGCAUCACGCGUACUGAAAGUGCUCCAGUUAGGAUUCCACCUCCUAGUUUUGAGUCCAAACAGAACGUGGUGGUGCCACCUUCUUCUCAUUUGAAACUGUCGAGACACGCUUCUUUGAAGCCUGUGAGAAACACUGGUCCUGUUGAAUCUGGGGUGAGGCUAUCUACCAACAGCUCACCGAGGAUAUCAUUUUCUAGAAGUUCAAGUAGAUCAUACCAAGAUGAUUUUGAUGAUACUGAUUUUCCUUGUCCAUUUGAUGUUGAGUAUGACGAAAAUACAGAUCCUAGUAGUAGCAGACCAGGCUCCUUGGACCAGAGAGGAGAUAUACAUGAACCACCACCAUUUGAGUCGAGCGGUUCAUACCCAAAGAAGUCACAAGAUGCAGGAGUCGGUGCUCUAGUGAAUAUGCUGAAGAAAGCUCCACCUCUCAGACAAGACGUCUCUGAAACUUCCACACCUGAACUUUGUUGGAACAACAACAAGAACAAACCUGGAGGGGAUCAGGAGAUAGCAACGGCGUCUAUGACAGCGUCAGGGAUAGCUCUGGCGGCAAAGACAACAGCCGAUGCCUUGGAAGAGCUGAGGUCUUACAAAGAAAUGAAGAAUGUGUUGCUUAGCCAAUCCACAAAGGACUCGUCCUCACCCUUUGCUGUUUGAGAAAUGUUUUGAUUUUUGCUAUUCAACCGUAUCCAUGUAAAUAAGCUUAUACAGAAAAAGAAAAAAAAAUGUUAAAUGUGUAAACCGUUUUAUCCCAUGUAUAUAAAUAAGUACUAUCUACCUAACCACUGAGUGUGUGACACAAAUGAUUUAUUUACAUGGGGUAAAUUAUU